AUUAGCAGUGGGAGCUACAACCUCUCCACUGCAACGACAGGAAGUUACUAUAGCUGUGUCAGCCAGAUCACCAUAGGUUAUGAUGUUGCUGGGCCAGUGGCUAUUGGGUUAUCCCACUGGAAGAACCCAUAUGCUCAAGGUGGACCUCCACUGUCAUCCGAUCUGCCUCUUUUCAUCUCCAAAGAUGCAGGCAUUCCUGUGUAUCAUCGCUCUUUUACUCGAAAGACUGACUUAGCGACCCCUUUGUCUUGCCCAGCCUCACUGUCCAUCACUCCAGUGCCUUCUUACAGUAGCAGCAGCCAAGAGACUCUCAGUCAAGAUACAACAGGUUUAAGUUUAUCUCUUCAUGGGGCUGAAAAGCGUUUGCAAAUCCAUCAAAGGCGAAGUGUGGCCAGCCGUCCAGCCUCCCAUCGACCACUUGUGGUCAGACAUUCUUCACUUCCGCCCGUCCGAAGGUCAAUAAAAAUGGAGGCCUCCUCAUCUGGAGUCACUAAUGGGAGAACCAAAAUUCUCCAUCCAGAAGGCCGGGUGGAUUUGCAAAGUUACCCACUGGAUAUGGCAAUGCAGACUGACGGCCCAAAGAGUGACGUGGACUUUUCAGAAAUUCUUAAUGCAAUACAAGAAAUGGCCAAGGAUGUCAACAUUUUUUUUGAUGAAUUAGAAGCUGUCAAUAGUCCUUGCAAAGAUGACGAUUCUCUCCUUCACCCCGGUAACUUGACCAGUACUUCAGAUGAUGCGAGUAGAUUGGAAGCUGUGGGAGAGGUAGCACCAGAAAAAAACAGAUCCAAUGGGCUUUAUUUUAGAGAUGGAAAAUGUCGGAUUGACUACAUCCUUGUGUACAGGAAAACCAACCCACAGACUGAAAAAAGGGAAGUGUUUGAAAGAAAUAUUAGAGCAGAAGGCUUGCAAAUGGAGAAGGAGUCCUCUGUCAUAAAUAGUGACAUUAUCUUCGUGAAGUUGCAUGCCCCCUGGGAGGUGCUAGGCAGAUAUGCAGAAGUCAUGAAUGUCAGAAUGCCUUUCAGGAGAAAAAUCUAUUACCUGCCCCGCCGGUACAAGUUCAUGAGCAGGAUCGAUAAACAAAUAAGCAGGUUUCGAGGAUGGUUACCUAGAAAGCCUAUGAGACUGGACAAGGAGACACUGCCAGACCUGGAGGAAAAUGACUGCUACACUGCCCCUUUCAGUCAGCAAAGGAUCCAUCACUUCAUCAUUCACAACAAAGACACUUUCUUCAACAACGCCACCAGAAGUAGAAUCGUGCAUCACAUUUUACAAAGAAUUAAAUAUGAAGAAGGGAAAAACAAAAUUGGUCUGAAUCGAUUGCUUACUAAUGGCUCCUAUGAAGCUGCAUUUCCACUUCACGAGGGAAGUUACAGAAGUAAAAAUUCCAUUAGAACUCACGGAGCGGAAAACCACAGGCACCUGCUGUAUGAAUGCUGGGCCUCCUGGGGCGUGUGGUAUAAAUACCAGCCCUUGGAUCUCAUACGGCGGUAUUUUGGCGAGAAGAUCGGUCUGUACUUUGCCUGGUUGGGCUGGUACACAGGAAUGCUCUUCCCAGCUGCCUUCAUUGGACUCUUUGUCUUUUUGUAUGGAGUUACCACUCUGGACCACUGCCAAGUCAGUAAAGAAGUCUGCCAAGCUACCGAUAUCAUCAUGUGUCCUGUGUGCGAUAAAUAUUGUCCUUUCAUGAGGCUGUCAGACAGCUGUGUUUAUGCCAAGGUAACCCAUCUUUUUGACAAUGGAGCUACCGUCUUUUUUGCUGUUUUCAUGGCAGUCUGGGCAACCGUUUUCCUGGAGUUUUGGAAGAGAAGGCGAGCAGUAAUUGCUUAUGACUGGGACUUGAUCGACUGGGAAGAAGAGGAGGAAGAAAUACGGCCCCAGUUUGAAGCCAAAUACUCCAAGAAAGAGCGGAUGAACCCCAUCUCGGGAAAACCAGAACCUUAUCAAGCAUUUACAGAUAAAUGCAGCAGACUUGUUGUUUCUGCAUCUGGAAUAUUUUUUAUGAUCUGUGUAGUGAUCGCCGCCGUGUUUGGAAUCGUCAUUUAUCGUGUUGUGACUGUCAGUACUUUUGCUGCCUUCAAGUGGGCUUUAAUCAGAAAUAACUCUCAGGUUGCGACCACGGGAACAGCAGUGUGCAUCAACUUUUGUAUCAUCAUGCUGCUGAACGUGUUAUAUGAAAAAGUUGCUCUUCUUCUGACAAAUUUAGAGCAGCCUCGCACCGAAUCUGAAUGGGAGAACAGCUUCACUUUGAAAAUGUUUCUUUUUCAGUUUGUCAAUCUGAACAGCUCUACCUUUUACAUUGCAUUCUUCCUUGGAAGGUUUACGGGACAUCCAGGUGCUUAUCUGAGGCUGAUAAACAGGUGGAGACUAGAGGAGUGCCACCCUAGCGGAUGCCUUAUUGAUCUCUGUAUGCAAAUGGGCAUUAUCAUGGUGCUAAAGCAGACCUGGAACAACUUCAUGGAGCUUGGCUACCCGUUAAUUCAGAACUGGUGGACCAGGAGAAAAGUCCGUCAAGAGCAAGGCACACAGAGAAAAACCAGUUUCCCACAAUGGGAAAGGGACUAUAACCUGCAGCCCAUGAAUGCUUAUGGGCUCUUUGAUGAAUACCUAGAAAUGAUUCUACAGUUUGGCUUCACCACUAUUUUUGUCGCAGCCUUCCCCCUGGCACCGCUCCUGGCCUUACUGAACAACAUUAUUGAAAUCCGACUGGAUGCGUACAAAUUUGUGACGCAGUGGAGGCGGCCUUUAGCUUCAAGAGCCAAAGACAUAGGAAUCUGGUAUGGAAUUCUUGAAGGCAUUGGGAUUCUCUCUGUAAUCACAAAUGCAUUUGUCAUAGCCAUAACAUCAGACUUCAUCCCUCGCUUGGUUUAUGCUUACAAAUACGGACCUUGUGCAGGCCAAGGAGAGGCUGGACAAAAAUGCAUGGUUGGGUAUGUUAACGCCAGCCUGUCUGUGUUUCUCAUUUCUGACUUUGAAAAUCGAUCUGAGCCCGCAUCGGAUGGAAGCGAAUUCUCGGGAACACCGCUAAAAUACUGCAGAUACCGAGAUUAUAGAGACCCUCCUCACUCGCUGGUCCCCUAUGGCUACACACUGCAAUUCUGGCACGUCCUGGCCGCACGUCUGGCUUUUAUUAUUGUAUUUGAGCAUCUUGUAUUCUGCAUAAAGCAUCUGAUUUCCUACCUGAUCCCAGACCUUCCAAAAGAUUUAAGGGAUCGAAUGAGAAGAGAGAAAUACCUAAUUCAGGAGAUGAUGUAUGAGGCUGAAUUGGAACGCCUCCAGAAGGAACGCAAGGAGAGGAAAAAAAAUGGGAAAGCUCACCAUAAUGAGUGGCCUUGACUGGUUCACUGACUGUUCAUUUGAAUGCAAAGGAUCCGUCUUCUGUUUACUUAUUUCAACUGUGGAAGAGCUCUACCUUUAAGAAAAUGAAAAAAAAAUGC